AUAUAUACUGACAUCUACAACAGCCCCACUCACUGCUGGCAUCUAAAGAGCAAAGAGCUCAAGAAUUGAACCAAGAACCAUGAAGGUCUUUGUAGUACUGGCUCUGGCUGUGUUUACAGGCUGCCAAGCCAACUUGCUCUAUGCUGAUGAGCCCAAACCACAGCUGGAGCAACUGACUGAUGCUUUCUGGGACUAUGUCGCCAAGGCAACACACACUGCUGAGGACACACUAAAAAUGAUUAGAGAGUCUCAACUCGGCCAGGAAGUCAAUACUAGAAUUACAGAAGGUGCCAAUGUGGCCAGUGAGUAUGCUGUGACUCUUCAGAAACAAGUGAGCCCCCUGGCCCAGGACUUCAUGACCAAAAUCACCAAAGAGGUUGAAGUACUGAAGGAGCGUCUCGAGCAGGAUCUGACCACUGUGAAGGACAAACUGGCGCCCUAUUCUGAUAAUCUGAAGACCCAAAUUCAGCAGAAAUUGGAGGAACUGAGAGUAGCUGUGGCUCCCUACGCUGAGUCCUUUGACUCUGAAGCUCUGAAAACUAUUGUGCUACAGAAGACCGAGGAGCUGAGGGGAAGUGUGGAGGAGAAAGUGAAGGAGCUGCAGUCCAAGAUGGAGCCCUACACUGAUGAAUUCAGACAGAAAGUAGAUCAGCAUCUGCAGGAAUUCCAGAAGACCGUGGCCCCUCUGACUGAGGAUCUUCAGGCCAAGGUUGCUGAGAGAGCUGCUUUGGUUCAGCAGGGUCUGGCUCCCUAUGCUGAGGACCUGAGGGAGAAACUGGACCCCUAUGCCCAAAACCUGAAGGACCAGCUCACCUCUCUUUAUGAGUCCUACAUCAACACCAACUAAACACUCCAAACACCACUUUUCACUCAUUGGACUAUGUUUUUACAGUAAUGAAAACUGACAAAACUGUUGUUCUGCAGUUAUAAUAUGUAUCCAAAAAAUAACAAGCUGUGUUAACUUGAUGAAGAAUUUUCUCCUGACUGGAUCACGGGAACAUCAAUAUUAGAAUUUAUCUAUGUAUUAAUGUCGUGCUGCCAAUGUAAUGUAGUGUUUAUCCUUGUGGACACUUUUUAAAACCAUGGAGUGUUUGACUGAAGCAAUAAUAUAUGUCUUCUUCUUGUGUUCGUCCUGUAAUAAAACAUCUCUCAAACUGAAGGUGUAA